AUGACAUGUGUGUCAACUUCUUCUUCUAUGAUCAUUUCUUUAUUACCUAGUCACGGGACUGGAUCUUGUCUCUUCAUGAAUACACAUACUAAUAUUAAUUCUUCAAUAAGUUUAAUCCUUUCCUUCCAUUUCACUUCACCAACCAUUAUUUCUCUUCAUUCAGAAUCUUUUCUAUUCAAUUCAUUCAGAUUUCAGACGAUGACAGAUCUGCCGACAGAUACCCAAAUCCCUCUUCUCAGUUCAACAGACCAGAUGCCUGAAAACCCACCAACCAGAAUCGAAAAGAUUGAAGAUUUCGACACAGACGAUGUAGACAAAACCCUCUGUCAGCUUGAACGGAUCAUAUCUUUUCUGGGUUUCAAUCAGCCUUCAAUUCAAACUUGUCUUCUUUCAUGGGUCGUUUUCCUUCUAUUUGGCGUUUCAUUUCCUGUAAUCAUGAUUGACCUAUUUAACUGCGAUGGAUGUGAAUCUUUCCAAAACAGAGACUUCGAGAUCUCCAUUGUUAUCUUUCAAGCAUGUUUAGCCGCCAUCUCUCUACUCUGUCUUUCCUACAAUCUACGCAAAUACGGCAUUAGGAAAUUCCUCUUCGUUGAUCGUUACAGUGGACAAGCAUGCCGUUUCCAAGAUGAAUACAUUCAGAAAAUUCGAGAUUCAAUCAGCUCCAUUAUUUUCUGGGUAAUACCGUGUUUAGUUCUCAAGACAGUACGUGAGGUCGUUCGUGUUUCAUACCAGCAACAUAAUUUUAGCGAAUCGAAGCUGGUUCGUUUUCUGAUUCUAUCUGGUUUAGUCGCGUCGUGGACUUACGUUUCUGCAAUCUAUCUAACAGCAUGUGUAAUCUUCCAUCUGGUCUGCAAUCUUCAAAUCAUACACUUUGAUGAUUAUGGAAAGUUUAUGGAGAGACAUUCAAAUGUAAUGGUUUAUAUAGAAGAACACAGUCGUCUACGACAUUACCUAUCCAAGAUCAGCCAUAGAUUCCGAAUUUAUCUUCUUUUGAUCUUCUGGGUUGUCACUGCAAGCCAAUUCAUUACUCUUUUCCAAACAACUGGAUAUACUGGAAAUGUUAAUCUCAUCAAUGGUGGUGAUUUUGCUGUUUCUUCAGUUGUUCAGGUAGUGGGAACGAUUCUCUGCUUAAAUGCUGCAGCAAAAAUAUCGCAUAGAGCACAAGGGAUAGCAGCACUGGCUAGCAAAUGGCAUGCGAGUGUAACAUGUAAUGUCAACAACAACGAACAAUUAAGAGUUUCAAACAGUAAUGGGAGUUUAGACAGAGUCAAUUCGAUGGAGAGCGAUUCAUCCGACAGUGAUAUGGAGGAUUCAGUUAAUGGUUCUCAACACUCGGCUUCUCAUAUGACAUCUUACCAUAAAAGACAAGCUUUUGUGUUAUACUUACAGACAAACCCAGGAGGAAUCACCAUCUUUGGAUGGACGGUUGAUCGUGGUCUGAUCAACACCAUCUUCUUUACUGAACUGUCACUUGUGCUCUUUGUUCUUGGUAAGACCCUCAUCUCUGCAAGUGAAUGAAUGGAUAGAUGAAUGAAAUUGUCAUCCAUUUGUUUUGGUUUUCAA